GAGGCAGCUCGUGUGGGGAAAGGCGCCAGUGCGCCCUGACGGGGAGCAGCGGCGGGGUAGCACCUGGCAGAGGUGACUCGCUCUGCGGAGCGGCGGUUCCUUCCACCAAUCGGAACGUGCAGGGGUGGGGAGCCGGCCAAUCAGGCGCGGAGGGCGGGGCCGGGCGGGGCUCCACCUGGCUGCUGGCUCUUAGUCCCGGCGCUGCAGUCUGCGGAGCUGCAGUCUGCGGAGCUGUGUCUGUUCCCCGGAGUCCGUCGGCGGCUGUUGUAUCGUAUCGGGAUCCUGGUCGCGAUGGGGACGAAGGCGCAAGCCGAGAAGAAACUGUUGCGCCUCUUCGUUUUGGAGAUCCUGUUGUGCUCCCUGGCAUUGGGCAGUGGUACAGUGCACACUUCUGAACCUGAAGUCAGAAUUCCUGAGAAUAAUGCUGUCAAGUUGUCCUGUACCUACUCGGGCUUUUCUUCUCCCCGUGUGGAGUGGAAGUUUGAUCAUGGAGAUACCACCAGACUCGUUUGCUAUAAUAGCAAGAUCACAGCUUCCUAUGAGAACCGAGUGACCUUCUCACCAAGUGGUAUCACCUUCAAAUCCGUAACACGGGAAGACACCGGGACAUACACUUGUAUGGUCUCUGAGGAUGGCGGCAACAGCUAUGGGGAGGUCAAGGUCAAGCUCAUCGUGCUUGUGCCUCCGUCUAAGCCUACAGUUAGCAUCCCGUCCUCUGCCACCAUUGGGAACCGGGCAGUGCUGACAUGCUCAGAACCAGAUGGCUCCCCACCUUCUACAUACACCUGGUACAGAGAUGGCAUUGAGAUGCCUGCCAAUCCCAAGACCAGCCGUGCCUUCAGCAACUCUUCUUAUAACCUUAAUCCCACGACAGGAGAGCUGGUCUUUGAUCCUGUGUCAGCCUCUGAUACUGGAGAGUACAGUUGUCAGGCAGAGAAUGGGUAUGGGACAGCAGUGAAAUCAAAUGCUGUGCGCAUGGAAGCUGUGGAGCUGAAUGUGGGGGCCAUCGUGGCAGCUGUCCUUGUAACCCUGAUUCUCCUGGGAAUCUUGAUUUUUGGCAUCUGGUUUGCCUAUAGCCGAGGCUACUUAGACAGAGCAAAGAAAGGGACUUCGAGUAAGAAGGUGAUUUACAGCCAGCCUAGUGCUCGAAGCGAAGGGGAAUUCAAACAGACCUCGUCGUUCCUGGUGUGAGCCUGCUCGGGCUCUCCGCCUGUCAUCUGCACUUGCCUUACUCAGGUGCUACCAGACUCUGGCCCCUGAUGUCUAUAGAUACACAGGAUGCCUUAUUUGUCUUCUACCCCCACAGGCCCCCACUUCUUCGGAUGUAUUUUUAAUAACGUCAGCUAUGUGCCCUUCCUCCUUCAUGCACUCCCUUCCUUUCCUACGAUUGCUGAGUGGCCUGGGACUUGUUUAAAGUGUUUAUUCCCCAUUUCUAUGAGGGAUCAGGCAGGAAUCCUGAGUAUGCUGUUGACGUCCCUUCUAAGUAGACAGCAAAAAUGGCGUGGCUCCCAGGAAUCUACACCCAAUUGCCUACCUGGCCUGCAGGGGCCUUUGAAUAGGGAUCUUCAGUCUGGUUCUGGCCUCUUUCCUUAUGUACUGAUUUCCAGUGGCAGCUGUUCUAGAGUGGGGACAGAGGCUAGAAUGGCUGAAAUGGCUGUUUGGUGAUGACACCGGGGUCCCUCCAUCUCCGGGGUCCAUUCUCUCCUGUCUUCCCAUGGGACGUGCUGCUGGAAUCCCUCCGCCCUGUCCUUCUCCUGAAUACAAGCAGACAGACACUGACUGUCCGUGGAAAAUGGGAGCUCUUGUGGACAGCAUAGUAAAUUUUCAGAGAA